UGCUAAGGUUAGGGCGCGGCCGGUUUAUUCAAAGGACUCCUAUUUAUUUAGCAAAAAUCAUUUAACGGUUAAGUAUGAGGUACUUCUUCCAACAUGGUAGCUGAUUUGCCUGAGCGAGUUCAGUAUCGGUUUCAACAUACGAUGGACUUAAAUUUCUUAGUUGCGUCGUACAAAGUUUUGUUUGAGUUUGAUGGACAACCAAAAGUUGGUUGCCAAACCGGCUGAGCGCGAAGCGAGUGCUAAAAUGGAGACCUCAUCUCACACGCCACUUUUGGCAGAAGGAAGUGAUGGGUCCACACCAACAGCGGAUGAUACAUUGUUUGAGGUUCAGUACGAUGCCAGCGACAGUGGACAUCCACCAAUUCAGUCGACAGUUGGCUCUAUCCACAAGCUCCCUUCAGCAAGUCAGUCGGAACAACGCGAACCAGCCGGCGCCCCACUGGCCACGAUUUCGUUCAACGAAGGCUCCACGGAAUCGAUCAACAUCGGAGGCCAAACCACGGAACAAGUCACCCUUUGCAUGUGCUGCGAAGGUGGCGACGACCAUGACCCUUGCAGGGCCGCAGCUGCCCAAUCCGACGGCACCUGGAAUAGAACUGGACGGUUCCAAAAUGGCGCAGCAGCUUCUGCCGGUGCGACCGCCGGGAGUCCACCCGAUCGACCAAGCCUAGGUUUGGAGGCCAGCCAAUCCCUACCCGCGAUUCUCGUUGUUUCUGACCACACCACCCGACAUUCCCACCAAGCCCCGUCUACCAAUGAAGCCAGAUGCCAACCAAGCUCCGCGCACCAGCCCGCCGGUCAAUCCUCGUCCGUCAGACACCCUCGAGUCACCGGUAUCGUCAGCGAUUCCAUGCUGAGCCUACCGACCGGCGACAUCUGUCGUAUCUGCCACACCGGUCGACGUCACGAGCCCUUGCUGGGACCCUGUCUCUGUGCCGGGUCGAUGAGAUACACCCAUCAGAGGUGCCUGACUACCUGGUUAGCCCAGAGCGGGCGAUCUCGCUGCGAGCUCUGCGGCUACAAGUUCAAGACCAAGAUGGUUGGAUCUCGGAACAUAUUCCAGUGGAAGGUUCUCCAGCUGAACGUGGUUGACAAGCUUCAUCUGACCGUCUUCUUGCUGUCUCUAGUCCUCUUCGCCGGCACCACGGCCUACAUCGGCUGGACUGCCUUCAAGUCGGACCUCAUGUCCUCGGCGGACCCCACCUCGUUGGCGGCGCAGAUCCUCCUACCGGUCUACUGCAGCCUGAGCUUCGUCUCGCUGGGACUGCUGAUGUACGAGACUAAGAACACGUGUCUGCGGCUGGCCCGGCGAUGGAGGGCGCUCAACAUGGGCCUGCGAGUCUUGGAGCGCGAGUCUGACGACGGAGGUGAUGCUGGUGGCGUUGUUUGCACGUCGGGACCGGACGGGUUGGAACGGCUCAUGGAAGCGGGGACCGAGGGUACGGGUAGAACCACCGGGAGGGUGAGAGCAGCGAGUGAGAGCCAGACGGAACGGACGAGGGUGGACGGUGUUCCCAGUGAUUGGAGCGUGUGGUCCGAGCCACGCCAGGCCUGUUGAUGACAGAUGCCGAACGC